UUUUAUUUCUCUCCCUCUUUAUCUUCUAUCUAGCUAGUUAGACCCCACAAAGAGUGAAACUGAAACCCCAAGGAAGUGGAUUAUUUCUGCAGAGAGAAGAUGAUGAGUGCUGGUGCAAAUAAUGGGAGUGGGCCUUGUGGUGCCUGCAAGUUCCUCAGGAAAAAGUGUGUAAAAGGGUGCAUUUUUGCACCGUACUUUGAUCCUGAUCAAGGGACAGCUCACUUUGCAGCAGUGCACAAGGUCUUUGGUGCUAGCAAUGCUUCUAAGCUGCUCUUGCGCAUACCUGCUCACAAGCGUCUUGAUGCUGUUGUUACUCUUUGUUAUGAGGCCUUGGCUAGGGUUAGAGACCCUGUUUAUGGUUGUGUGGGUCACAUUUUCACUCUCCAACAACAGGUAUUGAAUUUGCAAGCAGAGUUGGCCUUCAUUCAAGCCCACCUUUCAACAUUGCAGCGCCUCCCUCAACCUCAGCCACCAUCUCAGUGUGCUCAAAGCCCCUCUCAAACAACUCUUGAUUCAUCCUCAGAAGUACCAUCGUUCACAAAGCUAGCUUCAAGCUCUAACAUAUCAACGCAUUUUGAUCAGUUACAAGUGCAACAAACAUCAACAGAAAUGACAGGUUUCUAUAAUCCAUAGGAGUAGGAAGUUAAUAGUGAAGAGCUGACUCGGGAGUUUGUGUCUAUAUGCUUGCCACGAGUUAGAUUUAAGCCUCCAAACUCUCCUUGGAAUUUUUAGGAUACAAUCGGCUUUGGCUUCUGUUGCCAUUCUAGUGUUGUUAGCUCCGUUUGUAUGGGUCACAAUCUAACGAAAAUCGUAAUAUUUCAUUUCUCUACCUUUAA